AAAAAACCCAUUAAUCCAAUUCGUCGAGAUAUCUCUACGCUACUCUCUCAACUAAAACCUCUGGGCGCCUAUCAUUCCCUCUCUUCCAAUCCCUCGGUUUCGUGCGAAUUUUUCCGAUUUCGUCGCCAAUCGAAACCCUAUAAAUUUCUCUCAUUCUCUCAAUAUCAUUUUUUUUCCUUUACUUCAAAUUCUUGCUCUUCGUUACUCCCAACACUUCCCUGAUGCAACUUGGUUUCUCCAACUAACCCAUCAUCCUCGAUCUAGAUUUCCACAAUUUUUUCAGACAGGACUUUGCUGCUAGUAAGUUUAUAAGAGAUAGACCUUAACUCGAACAUAUAUGAUCCAUUCGGAACUCCUUGGAUAUCACCCAACACAAUAAAACCCAGGAUGCCAAAAUAAUAUUACGGAAGUAUAGAUAAGUUUGUAAAUGGCGAGAGGUAGCAGAGGACGAAGAAUUGCUUUGGGGCAAUACAGGUCAAACCCAUACUCGUUGCUCUUUCGUUGUCAAGGGACCCCUGGGGAUUUGUACCCUAAAAAAUGUUCCAAAGCUUUGGAUAAGAAAGAUUGGGAAGAUGCAACGUGUACUAUUUGCAUGGAGUGCCCUCACAAUGCUGUUCUUCUUCUUUGUUCAUCCCAUGACAAGGGUUGCCGGCCCUACAUGUGUGGAACUAGCUUCCGAUACUCAAACUGCCUUGACCAGUACAAGAAGUUCUGCAAUAAAGUAGUCUCAUCCAAUCACGAAGAAGCCUUGUAUGGUUCUGAUCUGACACCAGGUUCCGGUUGGCCUAAUGAGAAGUGUGGAGUAACAAAACUUGCAUGUCCACUUUGCAGGGGUCAGGUGAAAGGAUGGACUGUGGUGGAACCUGCAAGGGAAUAUUUAAAUGCUAAAAAGAGAAGCUGCAUGCAGGAUGACUGUUCCUUUGUUGGGAAUUUUAAAGAACUAAGGAAACACAUGAGAGCAGAUCAUCCAUAUGCUAGGCCACGCAUAGUGGAUCCUGCUCUUGAACAGAAUUGGAGAAGGCUUGAAUGGGAGUGGGAGGAUGUGAUCAGCACAAUAAGGUUAACAAUCCCAGGGGCAAUGGUUUUGGGUGAUUAUGUAAUAGAAGAAGAUCAUAAUGGUUUUGAUAGAAAUGAAGAGGAUGGUCUCAAUGCAGAUGCUGCAGAAAGGAAUGGAAGUUUUGAGGUAGAUAGUAAUUUUGUGAAUUUCUUUCUGCUGCCUGCAUUAAGGUCAUUUGCUAAUGACCUUGGUAGAAGACCAAGGCAGCAUGCACAUGCAGAAGAUGAGACUGCUGUUGGUAUUCGCCACACCUCUCCUGUUGGGGGUCUGGGUUUCUCUGAUCAAGUUGAUGAAGAUUUUAGUAAUGAUGACGAUGAUGAUGGUGGCAAUAUUUCUUUGGUUAGCCGCCUACGCCGGGAUGGCAGACUUCUUUUGGGACGUUCGGGCAGAAGACGGAGACAAAGAGAAGCCAUUGGGGGUCAAAUAUAGAUCAAAGCAGUAUCCAUAGUGUUAGGAAAAAAUUAGAUAAAACACAUAAAGAUUAGACUUUGAAUUCGCAUUGAUUUACUUUAUCAUUCAUUUUAGGGGGCAUAUCAUAAGGCUGGCUGUGAAAGUGAAUGGUGGAAAAGACGGCUGUUUUCUUUUGUUGUUGUGUAGUCACUUGGAUGUAUUCCUAAUUCCUUUUCCUUUCCUCUAUUAGUUUAAUUUCUUAUGUUAACCAUCGACCCCCAAUGUAUAUAAACUUUUAUUGUUCGAGAGAAACCUCAGGCCUUUUCACAGGAUGGAACGCAGAGAAAUAAUGUAGAUUGAAAAGUCUUCAAAUGCUACAGAACCUUGACACUGCUUUUGCU